AUGUCUGGACGAGGCGGGCGAGGCGGCCGCGGCCGUGGUGGACGAGGACCGCCAACAAACGGACGCCGGGCUGUGGCCCAGAAUAGUGUGCCCUGGGCGAUGGACUCGGACAUUGUGCUCGACGGCAAGCCUUCUGAGCAGUUUCCUCCCUACGCCGUCCCCCGCGCCCCCCUCCUCACAAAAAAAGAAGACAAACAAAUCUCCUACUUCCUCCUCUUCCGCGAACAAUGCCAAGACAGCCCCCUCUACACCCAAGCCCGCAGCCGCGCCACCACCUCCACCCCCUCCUCUUCUUCCCCAUCCACUACCAACCCCUCAGGUAGCGCGGGCUCCUCCCGCACCUACGGCCAAGACCAACUCAACAAGCGCUACGGCCAAACCACCAAAGCCACCAUCGACCCGUUCACUUCGGUGCCCAUGUACUCCCACCGGUUUCGUCAGGUGCCGAGGACGCUGCCGGAUUUGGGGGCUCGGUCGUUUGCGAAGGAGUUUUUUCCUGCUGAACUCCAUUCUACCUUGGACGGGGAGGAUGAUUCCGGGGGUGGAGCUGGGGGUGGAAUGGGAGGUGGGGGGCAGGCAGCUAAGAGACGGAGGGUGGGACCGAAGACGUUGGGGUUGUCGAGCAUUACUUCUUAUAAGACUGCUGAGGAGCUGUUUCUGGGUGGUACGGGCAGCGGUCUUGACUCUACAACGGGAAGUGGUGGUGACGGCCAUAAGGGCAAAAACGGCCUCAACAAAGCCCUCGAACUAAUAACCACCCUCGAACAACGCCACCAACACGGCGAAGACGCCUACCUAUCUGGAGAAGACGAUGAUGAUGACUGGGUUAAGGGGAGGAAUGGGGCUGGUGGGGCUGGGGGAGAAGAAGGAUUGGACGACGGGGAUAGUAACUACGAGGAUGAGUAUGAGAGUGGGGAUGAUUAUAAUGCGGAGGCGUAUUUUGAUGGGAACCAGGACGAUGAGGAGUAUGAUGAGGGGGGGGAUGAUGGGGAUUAUUUGUGA